AUGGAGAAAAAGAAGAUGUGUUGGGUAGCUUGGAAAAAACUUACAAGAGCAAAAGGAGAAGGGGGACUCGGGUUUAGAGACCUACAGAGCUUUAACAAUGCCCUCCUGGCUAAGAUCAGCUGGAGAAUCCUCACCAACCCUGAGUGUCUCUUGGCAAGAGUGCUCCUAGGAAAAUAUUGCCACUCCACUCCGUUUCUAGAUAGUGUGGCUCCCGCCUCCUCCUCUCAUGGCUGGAGGAGUAUACUAAUUGAGAAAGAUCUCGUGAAAUCACAAUUAGGGAAGAUUUUUGGUAAUGGGGAGGAUACUCUUAUCUGGACAGAACCGUGGCUCUCCCUUACCUCCCCAAUAACCCCAAUGGGACCACCUCCAUAG